AUGCUGCCAAAGGUGAACUUGGUUCGCCGUCUCGGGCUUGGUGCCCUUGCAGCCACAGCCUUGUCCUCUCUCUCCAGUGCUGCUCCCGCCAAUAUCGCUAUCCGGUCCCUAGAGGAGCGUGCUUCUUCUGCAGAUCGUCUUGUCUUUUGUCAUUUCAUGAUUGGCAUCGUCGGUGAUCGUGGCAGCUCGUCUGACUAUGAUGAUGAUAUGCAACGUGCUAAAGCCGCUGGAAUUGACGCCUUUGCUUUGAACAUUGGCGUUGACGGUUAUACUGACCAGCAGCUUGGAUUUGCUUAUGAUUCUGCCAACAGAAACGGCAUGAAGGUCUUUAUCUCUUUCGACUUUAACUGGUGGAGUCCUGGCAAUGCUGCUGGAGUUGGACAAAAAAUCGCCCAGUACGCAAAUUUACCAGCCCAGCUAUAUGUUGACAAUCGCGUGUUUGCUUCUUCGUUUGCGGGUGAUGGUCUUGAUGUCAACGCGUUGCGUUCGGCCGCCGGGUCCAACGUGUACUUCGUGCCCAACUUCCACCCCGGCCAGUCCUCCACUUCAAAUAUUGAUGGUGCCCUCAAUUGGAUGGCAUGGGAUAAUGACGGAAACAACAAGGCCCCCAAGCCCGGCCAAAACGUCACCGUGGCUGACGGUGACAACGCCUACAAGAGCUGGUUGGGCAGCAAGCCCUAUCUCGCUCCAAUUUCUCCAGAGUUCUUCACGCACUUUGGCCCCGAAGUGUCAUUCAGUAAGAACUGGGUGUUCCCGAGCGGCGCCUUGAUCUACAAUCGAUGGCAGCAGAUCCUACAGCAAGGCUUCCCAAUGGUUGAGAUUAUCACGUGGAACGACUAUGGCGAAUCGCAUUACGUCGGGCCGCUAAAGUCAAAGCAUUAUGAUGAUGGAAAUUCGAAAUGGACGAAUGAUAUGCCUCAUGAUGGAUUCCUCGAUCUCUCAAAGCCUUUUAUUGCUGCAUACAAGAAUAAGGAUACCGAUGUCUCAAAAUACAUCCAGAACGAAGAGCUGGUUUACUGGUAUCGCCGUAAUCUCAAGGGGUUAAACUGUGACGCCACGGACACUACCUAUAAUCGCCCAGCUAACAACGCGAGCGGCAAUUAUUUUGAGGGUCGGCCUGAUGGCUGGGAGACAAUGGAUGACGCUGUUUAUGUCGCCGCCUUCCUUAAGUCUGCUGGCACUGUCACUGUCACUUCUGGCGGUACUACCCAAUCGUUCCAAGGAAAUGCUGGUGCAAAUAUAUUCCAGGUUCCAGCCAGCCUUGGCCAGCAGAAGUUUGCUCUGACACGAAAUGGCCAAACUGUCUUCAGUGGCGUGUCCCUUAUGGAUAUUACCGAUGUCUGCGCCUGCGGGAUAUACAACUUCAACACAUACGUCGGCACUGUUCCUGCAGGAUUUGAUGACCCUCUACAAGGAGAUGGUCUUGCAUCUCUCACCAUUGGUCUGCAUGUAACAACUUGCCAAGCUAGGCCCUCUCUAGGAACCAACCCCCCUGUUACAUCGGGUCCUAUUACUUCGAUUCCAGUUUCCUCGACCCAGGCUUCUUCUCCUCCAGUUUCUUCCACUCACGCAUCUUCCCCUCCUGUGUCUCCUCCUCCUUCAACUUCUCGUUCUAGCUCUUCUACUCCUCCAGUCAGCACACCACCAUCUGGUCAAGUCUGUGUUGCCGGAACCGUCGCCGACGGUGAAUCUGGUAACUAUAUUGGUUUGUGUAAUUUCAGUUGCAACUAUGGCUACUGCCCUCCUGGGCCAUGUAAAUGCACUGCAUAUGGUUCUCCUAUUUCUCCCCCUGCGACGAAUGGUCGCAACGGCUGCCCUCUGUCUGGAGAAGGCGACGGAUAUUUGGGCCUCUGCAGCUUCAGCUGUAACCAUGGUUACUGCCCGCCAACAGCUUGUCAAUAUUGCUAGAUAUCGAUUGAAGUUUCACAGAUAGGCAUGGCAUAUUAAGUUAGUGCCAGCUACGCGUAGGCCAUAAAUACAUCAAGGUUUAUUAGGUACUUGAAGCGUCUAUAUAUCGCUAGCACAACUUGACUAUAUUUCGUUAUUGUCAGAAGAAUGUGCGAAACUGAUAUUUCCACACCC